UAAUCCACCGACAGACUUGAAUUUUACAAUUAUAGAUGAACAUAAUGUUCAAAUGUCAUGGAAAAGGCCACCAGAUGCAAUAGUGGGUUACAGGAUAACUGUGGUUCCAACAAAUGAUGGGCCUACUGAAGAAUUUACUCUUUCACCUAGCACCACCCAAACUGUCUUAUCAGGUCUUAUACCUGAUGUAGAGUAUGUUGUAUCAAUAGCUUCAUAUGAUGAAAGAGAGGAGAGCCUACCUGUUUUUGGCCAACUGACAAUUCAGACAGGUGGUCCAGGGAUACCAGAGGAAAAGAAGGUUGAGGCUCAAUUGCAAAAAUGCUCCAUAAGUGCAAUGACAGAUUUAGUUUUCCUGGUAGAUGGUUCAUGGAGUGUGGGGAGAAGUAACUUUGGAUAUAUUCUGGACUUCAUGGUUGCCCUUGUAUCAGCUUUUGAUAUUGGGGAAGAAAAGACGAGAGUUGGAGUUGUUCAGUACAGUUCAGAUACAAGAACGGAGUUCAAUUUAAAUCAGUAUUUCAGAAGAAGUGAUCUUAUUGAUGCAAUUAAAAGGAUACCUUACAAAGGUGGCAACACAAUGACAGGUGAGGCUAUUGAUUACCUGGUUCAAAACACCUUCACUGAGUCUGCUGGAGCAAGAAAAGGCUUUCCCAAAGUAGCAAUUGUCAUUACGGAUGGAAAAGCUCAAGAUGAAGUCGAAAUUCCUGCAAGAGAGCUUCGCAACAUAGGCGUUGAAGUUUUUUCUUUAGGAAUCAAAGCAGCAGAUGCAAAGGAACUCAAGCUAAUUGCAUCUCAACCUUCACUGAAGCAUGUGUUCAAUGUGGCUAAUUUUGAUGGAAUUGUGGAUAUACAGAAUGAAAUUAUCUUGCAAGUGUGCUCUGGUGUUGAUGAACAACUAGGUGAACUGGUUAGUGGAGAAGAAGUGGUGGAGCCUCCUUCAAAUCUGGUGGCCACUCAGGUCUCCUCAAAAUCUGUUAGGAUCACUUGGGAUCCAUCCACAAGCCAAAUAACUGGCUAUCGGCUGCAGUUCAUUCCAAUGAUAGCUGGUGGAAAACAGCAUGUACUGAGUGUGGGUCCUCAGACUACUGCUCUGAAUGUUAAAGAUCUCUCUCCAGACACAGAGUAUCAAAUUAAUGUUUAUGCAAUGAAAGGACUGACCCCCAGUGAGCCAAUAACAAUAAUGGAAAAAACACAACAAGUAAAAGUUCAAGUGGAAUGCUCACGUGGUGUGGAUGUAAAAGCUGAUGUUGUGUUUUUAGUGGAUGGUUCCUACAGCAUUGGUAUCGCCAAUUUUGUUAAAGUAAGAGCCUUUUUGGAAGUGUUAGUUAAAAGCUUUGAGAUAUCGCCUCGAAAAGUACAGAUAAGUCUUGUCCAGUACAGCAGAGAUCCCCAUAUGGAGUUUUCUUUGAACAGAUACAACAGAGUGGAAGACAUAAUUCAGGCUAUUAACACCUUCCCCUACAGAGGUGGAUCUACCAACACAGGCAAAGCGAUGACAUAUGUGAGGGAGAAAGUAUUUGUUACCAGCAAAGGAUCAAGACCAAAUGUGCCGAGAGUCAUGAUUCUCAUUACUGAUGGAAAAUCGUCAGAUGCUUUUAAAGAACCUGCAAUAAAGCUGAGGGAUGCAGAUGUAGAAAUAUUUGCAGUUGGUGUGAAGGAUGCAGUGCGUACAGAGUUAGAAGCUAUUGCAUCACCUCCUGCUGACACCCAUGUUUAUAAAGUGGAAGAUUUUGAUGCUUUUCAAAGAAUAUCAUUUGAACUUACACAGUCGGUCUGCCUACGGAUUGAGCAGGAACUGGCUGCUAUAAGGAAAAAAUCUUACGUACCUGCAAAGAAUAUGGUCUUUUCUGAUGUAACAUCUGACAGUUUCAAAGUGAGCUGGUCUCCAGCUGGAUCUGAGGUUUUGUCCUAUCUCAUUAAAUAUAAAGUAGCAGUCGGUGGAGAUGAAUUCAUUGUUUCAGUACCAGCUUCGAGUACUAGCUCAGUUCUCACCAACUUGCUACCUGAAACUACUUACGCAGUUAGUGUGAUUUCUGAGUAUGAAGAUGGUGAUGGCCCUCCCUUGGAUGGAGAGGAAACCACCUUAGAAGUUAAAGGUGCUCCUCGAAACUUAAGGAUAACGGAUGAAACUACAGAUAGCUUUAUAGUUGGCUGGACUCCAGCUCCAGGAAAUGUCCUACGGUACAGGCUUGUAUAUAGACCACUUACUGGAGGAGAAAGGAGACAAGUGACUGUCUCGGCAAACGAAAGAUCAACUACUCUGCAGAACUUGAUCCAAGAUACAAGAUACGAAGUGUCUGUUAUUCCUGAGUAUCAGUCUGGGCCUGGGAAUUCACUGAGUGGAUAUGCAAAAACUGAUGAAGUCCGAGGAAAUCCAAGAAAUUUGAGAGUUUCUGAUGCUACAACGUCAACAAUGAAGCUGUCUUGGGGUGCUGCUCCUGGCAAAGUGCAGCAGUACUUUAUAACAUACACUCCAGUCGCAGGAGGUGAAACUAAGGAAGUGACGGUGAAAGGUGACACAACCUCUAAAGUGCUGAAAGGCUUAGACCAAGCCACUAGGUAUGCAUUGACUGUGUCCGCCUUGUAUGCCUCUGGAGCAGGAGAGGCCCUUUCUGGAGAGGGAGAAACACUUGAAGAACGUGGUUCACCGCGUAAUUUGGUUACCACAGACAUAACUGACACUACAGUUGGGUUAUCAUGGACACCAGCUCCAGGAGCAGUUAAUGAUUAUAGGAUAGUAUGGAAAUCACUUUAUGAUGAUACAAUGGGAGAGAAGAGAGUCCCUGGCAAUACAGUGGAUGCUGUGCUAGAAGGCUUGGAGCCAGAGACUAAAUACAGGAUUUCAGUAUAUGCAACCUAUAGCAGUGGAGAAGGAGAUCCAGUAGAAGGAGAGGCUUUUACUGAUGUGUCACCAGAUGCCAGGACUGUGACAGUAGACAACGAGACAGAAAAUACAAUGAGAGUUACAUGGCAGCCUUCACCCGGAAAAGUCUUGUCUUAUCGUGUGUACUACCGACCACGCAGUGGAGGAAGACAGAUGUUUGGAAGAGUAAAUGCUCCUGCUACAAGCAUAGUCUUAAAGCGACUUAAGCCGCGAACUACAUAUGACCUCAGUGUUGUUCCAAUUUAUGAUUUUGGACAAGGAAAAUCAAGAAAAGCAGAAGGAACAACAGCAUCUCCCUUUAAGCCACCUCGAAAUCUGAGAACUUCUGAUUCAACUAUGUCAAGUUUCCGAGUAACCUGGGAGCCAGCCCCAGGGCGAGUGAAAGGGUAUAAAGUAACUUUCCACCCUACUGAAGAUGACGGGAGUCUUGGAGAAUUAAUAGUGGGGCCAUACGACAGUACAGUGGUAUUGGAGGAGCUUAGGGCAGGAACUACCUAUAAGGUAAAUGUUUUUGGAAUGUUUGAAGGAGGAGAGAGCAGCCCCCUGGUUGGACAAGAGAUGACCACCCUUUCAGAUACUACUUCGGAGCCAUUUUUGUCUAGAGGUUUAGAAUGCAGAACCAGAGCAGAAGCUGAUAUUGUGCUGCUGGUGGACGGCUCGUGGAGUAUUGGGCGGCCAAAUUUUAAAACUAUCAGGAACUUCAUUACCCGUAUUGUUGAAGUUUUUGAUAUUGGUCCUGACAAAGUACAGAUUGGUCUUGCACAGUAUAGUGGAGAUCCCAGGACAGAAUGGAAUCUCAAUGCUUACCGAACCAAACAGGCUUUGUUAGAGGCUGUAGCCAACUUACCGUACAAAGGAGGCAAUACUCUAACAGGAAUGGCCUUGGAUUUCAUCUUAAAAAACAACUUCAAACAAGAUGCAGGCUUAAGACCCAGAGCUCGCAAAAUUGGUGUUCUCAUCACUGAUGGCAAAUCACAAGAUGAUGUAGUCACCCCUUCAAGAAGACUCAGAGAUGAGGGAGUGGAACUUUAUGCAAUUGGUAUUAAAAAUGCAGAUGAAAAUGAACUGAAGCAGAUUGCAACGGAUCCAGAUGACAUCCAUGCUUACAAUGUUGCAGAUUUCUCUUUCUUGGCUAACAUUGUUGAUGAUGUAACCACGAAUCUGUGUAACAGUGUGAAAGGUCCAGGUGAUUUACCACCUCCCUCUAACCUAGUUAUUUCGGAAGUGACACCUCGUUCUUUCAGACUGAGAUGGAGUCCACCUCCUGAGAGUGUUGAUAGAUACAGAGUUGAAUAUUACCCUACCUCUGGAGGUAGCCCUCAACAGUUUUAUGUAAGUAGGAUGGAAACAACGACAGUUCUGAAAGAUCUGAAACCUGAAACAGAAUAUGUUGUUAACGUGUUUUCUGUGGUAGAAGAUGAAAGCAGUGAACCUCUAAUCGGCAGGGAAACAACUUUGCCAAUCUCUUCAGUUAGAAACCUGAAUGUUUAUGACAUUGGAUCAACUUCCAUGCGAGUGAGAUGGGAACCUCUCAGUGGAGCUACUGGUUAUUUGUUAACGUAUGAACCUGUGAAUGCCACAGUCCCAGCCACAGAGAAAGAGAUGCGUGUUGGACCAUCAGUGAAUGAGGUUCAGCUGGUAGAUCUCAUCCCCAAUACUGAGUACACUUUAACAGCUUACGUAUUGUUUGGUGAUAUUACCAGUGACCCACUCACCACCCAGGAAGUGACAUUACCUUUGCCUGGACCCAGGAGUUUAACAAUUCAGGAUGUUACUCACAGCAGCAUGAAAGUCCUUUGGGAUCCUGCCCCGGGGAAAGUUCGAAAAUACAUCCUAAGAUACAAAAUAGCUGAUGAACCUGAUGUAAAGGAGGUGGAAAUCGACAGACUCCAAACCAGCACUACUCUCUCUGACCUUUCCUCCCAAACACUGUAUAAUGUUAAAGUUGUUGCUGUAUACGAUGAAGGGGAAUCCCUACCGACAAAUGCAGAGGCUGUGACUCAGCCUGUGCCAGCACCAGUCAAUCUCAGAAUCACAGAUGUAACCACGAAUAGUUUUAGAGGAACUUGGGAUCACGGAGCUCCAGAUGUCUCUCUGUAUAGAAUAACCUGGGGACCCUAUGGAAGAUCAGAAAAACAGGAGACUAUCUUAAAUGGGGAUGAGAAUAGUUUGGUCUUUGAAAAUUUGAAUCCAGAUACAUUAUAUGAUAUCUCAGUUACUGCCAUCUAUCCUGAUGAAUCAGAAAGCGAUGACCUCAUUGGCAGUGAACGAACAUUACCCUUGGUACCUAUCACCACACAAGCCCCAAAGAGUGGCCCACGAAACCUUCAGGUGUACAAUGCAACUUCACAUAGUUUGACUGUGAAGUGGGAUCCUGCCAGUGGUCGAGUGCAGAGAUACAGGAUCAUUUACCAGCCUAUCAAUGGGGACAGCCCUGAACAGUCGACUAUGGUUGGAGGGCGGCAGAACAGUGUGGUGAUACAGAAGCUGCAGCCUGACACACCAUAUGCUAUUACUGUCUCGUCAAUGUAUGCAGACGGUGAAGGGGGACGAAUGACAGGACGAGGCAGAACCAAACCUCUCACUACUGUGAAGAACUUGCUAGUUUAUGACCCAACCACCAGUACUCUGAACGUUCGAUGGGAUCAUGCAGAAGGAAGUCCUCGCCAGUAUAAAGUGUUUUAUGGACCUACAGCUGGAGGUGCAGAAGAAAUGACCACAGUACCAGGAAACACAAACUAUGUCAUCCUGAGGACUCUUGAACCCAACACACCUUACACUGUAACUGUGGUUCCAGUUUUCCCAGAGGGGGAUGGUGGACGUGUCUCUGACACUGGAAGAACAUUGGAGAGAGGAACACCGAGAAACAUUCAAGUUUACAAUCCCACACCAAACAGCAUGAAUGUCCGAUGGGAACCUGCUCCAGGUCCAGUACAGCAAUAUAAAAUUAAUUACUCUCCACUGUCUGGCACAAGGCCAUCAGAAUCUAUUGUGGUACCAGGCAACACUCGUGAUGUGAUGCUAGAGCGCUUGACUCCUGACACUGCUUACUCAAUAAAUGUUGUAGCUCUAUAUGCAGAUGGAGAAGGAAAUCCAAGCCAAGCACAGGGAAGAACAUUGCCUCGCAGUGGUCCAAGGAAUGUGAGAGUGUUUGAUGAGACCACUAACAGCCUUUCUGUACAAUGGGACCAUGCUGAUGGGCCAGUCCAGCAGUAUAGAAUCAUUUAUUCACCCACUGUGGGAGACCCUAUUGAUGAAUAUACAACAGUUCCUGGGAUAAGAAAUAAUGUGAUACUACAACAACUGCAAUCAGAUACGCCAUACAAAAUUACUGUUGUGGCUGUGUACGAAGAUGGAGAUGGUGGACAACUGACUGGAAAUGGCAGAACUGUUGGCCUGCUUCCACCUCAAAAUAUGUAUAUAACUGAUGAAUGGUACACACGAUUCAGAGUUUCCUGGGAUCCUUCACCAUCCCCUGUUCUUGGCUAUAAAAUUGUGUACAAACCUGUAGGUUCAAAUGAGCCCAUGGAGGUUUUUGUGGGAGAAGUGACUUCCUACACCUUGCAUAAUCUGUCUCCCAGUACUACUUAUGAUGUGAAUGUUUAUGCCCAGUAUGAUUCUGGAAUGAGCAUACCUUUGACAGAUCAAGGCACUACCUUGUAUUUGAAUGUCACUGACCUAACAAGUUACAAACUGGGUUGGGAUACUUUCUGUAUCCGAUGGUCACCUCAUCGGUCAGCAACUUCCUACAGACUGAAGUUAAACCCAGCUGAUGGUUCCAGAGGACAGGAAAUCACAGUACGUGGAUCAGAAACGAGCCAUUGUUUUACUGGCCUCUCACCAGACACAGAAUACAAUGCUACCGUCUUUGUUCAGACCCCUAACCUUGAGGGACCUCCAGUCUCUAUAAGGGAGCGUACAGUCCUCAAACCUACAGAGGCACCAACUCCACCACCUACACCUCCUCCACCACCCACGAUUCCUCCAGCUCGGGAUGUAUGCAGAGGUGCCAAAGCAGACAUAGUAUUCUUGACUGAUGCUUCCUGGAGUAUUGGUGAUGAUAACUUCAACAAAGUAGUGAAAUUUGUUUUUAAUACAGUAGGAGCCUUUGACUUGAUUAAUCCUGCUGGAAUCCAGGUUUCGUUCGUGCAGUACAGUGAUGAGGCAAAAUCUGAAUUUAAACUGAAUACAUUUGAUGACAAGGCUCAGGCCCUGGGAGCUCUUCAGAAUAUUCAGUAUAGAGGAGGAAACACAAGGACAGGCAAAGCCCUAACAUUUAUCAAAGAAAAGGUUUUAACUUGGGAGAGUGGCAUGAGACGAGGUGUUCCCAAGGUACUUGUUGUUGUCACAGAUGGUCGGUCUCAGGAUGAGGUGAGGAAAGCAGCAACGGUCAUACAGCACUCUGGCUUCAGUGUGUUUGUGGUUGGUGUGGCUGAUGUAGAUUACAAUGAGCUGGCCAAGAUUGCCAGCAAGCCCAGUGAGCGUCAUGUAUUUAUUGUUGAUGACUUUGAUGCGUUUGAAAAGAUUCAAGAUAACCUCGUCACCUUUGUGUGUGAGACAGCUACCUCAACUUGUCCUCUUAUUUACUUGGAGGGAUACACUUCACCUGGUUUCAAGAUGCUGGAAUCAUAUAAUCUAACAGAGAAACAUUUUGCUUCUGUACAAGGCGUAUCACUGGAAUCAGGCUCUUUCCCAAGCUAUGUAGCAUAUAGACUACACAAAAAUGCCUUUGUCAGCCAGCCAAUACGGGAGGUUCACCCAGAGGGAUUGCCACAGGCAUACACUAUAAUUCUGUUAUUCCGUCUUCUGCCUGAAUCCCCCAAUGAGCCUUUUGCAAUUUGGCAGAUUACCGACAGAGAUUACAAACCACAAGUUGGAGUUGUGCUUGAUCCUGCCAGCAAAGUGCUAUCAUUCUUUAACAAGGAUACAAGGGGAGAGGUUCAAACUGUAACUUUUGAUAAUGAUGAAGUAAAGAAAAUCUUUUAUGGAAGCUUCCAUAAGGUCCAUAUUGUUGUAACUUCAUCAAAUGUUAAGAUUUACAUUGACUGCAGUGAAAUACUAGAAAAACCAAUUAAGGAGGCUGGCAACAUCACAACUGAUGGCUAUGAAAUACUUGGGAAGCUUCUGAAAGGCGACCGGAGAUCAGCAACAUUAGAAAUCCAGAAUUUUGACAUUGUAUGCAGUCCAGUUUGGACUAGCAGAGACAGAUGCUGUGAUCUUCCUUCUAUGAGAGAUGAAGCAAAAUGCCCAGCUCUUCCAAAUGCUUGUACCUGUACCCAAGACAGCGUGGGACCUCCAGGACCCCCUGGACCAGCCGGUGGCCCAGGCGCUAAAGGUCCCAGAGGUGAAAGGGGUUUGACUGGAUCAUCUGGGCCACCUGGUCCUCGUGGCGAGACGGGUCCUCCUGGCCCUCAAGGUCCCCCAGGUCCGCAGGGCCCCAACGGGCUGUCAAUCCCAGGUGAACCGGGUCGUCAAGGAAUGAAAGGUGAUGCUGGCCAGCCUGGACUACCAGGGCGAUCGGGAACCCCAGGCUUACCUGGUCCACCUGGCCCAAUGGGACCUCCAGGAGAAAGGGGUUUCACAGGAAAAGAUGGUCCCACAGGUCCCAGAGGCCCACCAGGACCAGGGGGUGCCCCAGGAGUUCCAGGAGUUGCUGGCCCAAGUGGAAAACCAGGGAAACCAGGAGAUCGUGGAACACCAGGUGCACCUGGAAUGAAGGGAGAAAAAGGUGACAGAGGUGACAUUGCUUCUCAGAACAUGAUGCGAGCAGUUGCAAGACAAGUUUGUGAACAACUGAUAAAUGGUCAAAUGAGCCGGUUCAAUCAAAUGCUGAAUCAAAUCCCGAAUGAUUAUUAUUCAAACCGUAACCAGCCAGGGCCACCAGGACCACCUGGUCCCCCAGGAGCUGCUGGAUCAAGAGGAGAGCCUGGACCUGGAGGAAGACCAGGGUUCCCAGGACCUCCUGGCGUCCAAGGACCACCCGGUGAAAGAGGAAUGCCUGGAGAGAAAGGUGAAAGAGGGACUGGAUCUCAAGGACCACGAGGUUUGCCGGGACCUCCUGGUCCACAAGGAGAAUCUAGAACUGGUCCACCAGGCUCCACAGGAUCACGAGGACCACCAGGGCCACCAGGUCGUCCUGGAAAUGCGGGUAUUCGAGGUCCCCCAGGGCCACCAGGAUAUUGUGAUUCAUCCCAGUGUGCUAGCAUCCCUUACAAUGGCCAAGGAUUCCCAGAACCAUACGUGCCUGAAAGUGGACCCUAUCAACCUGAAGGUGAACCCUUUAUAGUACCUAUGGAGUCAGAAAGGAGAGAGGACGAGUAUGAGGACUAUGGAGUUGAAAUGCAUUCACCAGAAUACCCUGAGCACAUGCGCUGGAAAAGAUCACUGUCAAGACAAGCAAAAACAAAGCCAUAAGAGAUCUGUGUCUUGUUUUGGUUUUUGUGGUUGGUGGUUUUUGUUUUUGCUAUGCUUGCAUUUGCAGAGACACACAGGGAGGGCGCAUCAUUUCUUUUGCAAUACAGCUUUCUGGUCUUUUCAUAUCAGACGCACCCCUGUUUUGUAUCUUGCUUAUGUGGGGAUAGCAAUGGUGUACCUAGAGAGUUCGUAUUGCUCUGGAAACGCUUGUAAAAUACUUUUGCUUAUAGUGGCUGCGUACAGGUUAAUAUGUGCAUUCAGUUAUCCCAGUGCUGCCUUUUCAUUAAAAUAAUGU